CUUUGACUUUUUCUACCUUCUAACCACGGUCGUGAAUGUUCGCCCCGACCCUGGCCAUUUCUUGAAGACUCCGGGCGUAAUGUCGAGCAAGGUGGCUCUGAAGGCCAUCAACGAAGCCGUACGCCAACAAAAGUUUGAUGAGGCUAUCGAAAAGUCUCAAGAAUUUUUGAAAAGGGAGCCCAAAAACCACCAGGGGCAUAUUUUCUUGGCUUUUGCGUUGGAUAAGAAGAAUAAAUAUGAUGAAGCUGAAGCUGUAUACAAAUCAGCCGCUUCACUGCGCCCUCAGGAUGCGCAGGCUUGGCAGGGCCUGAUUAAGCUGUACGAGAAGCAGUCGGCCAAGAAGCUGAGAGAAUACCAAGAUGCAGUGGUGCAUCUGGCUCCAAUCUUCCACCAGGCAGAAGAAUUGUACAAGUGUCAGGAACUUGUUGACAAAUACACUGAUUUUGUACGAGUCCAAGGCGAUCAGGUACAGUAUGCCGAUGCCCUGUGGAUCAGGCUUCCCGAAAGCCCCCUCUACCCAAUCCUAGAGGGCUAUUUCCCCCAUCCUGCCAAGACUUAUGAAACCAUUGCUCAUAUUAUCGAAACUUUUGAGAAGAAGCGUAUCAAUACGCUCAUUGGAGAACGGCGGACUAGGCUGGGCGCGAAAUUGAGUGAAGUCACGCUGGAAGUGAAGCGGGAAAUCUACAGUCAAAGCAAGUUGGAGCACAUCUAUCGACAACUCAUCAACUGGACAACGGACGAUGACCUGAGGCGGACUUAUGAAGAAAAAUUGCUUCAGUACUGCCACGACCGCAUUGCUGUAUUGCCUGCUGGGCCAGCCAAAGUUGAGGAGCAAGGGAAAGUUCUUGGAUUGGCGAAUGACAUGGUCGUCAUCAAGCACCCUUUCCGGCUUGCUUGGGAUAUUGCCAUCAAUUGGCAAGAUAAGAAGGAGAUUCGCGACUACGACAUCGAAAUUCUCAGGAGCUACUGCAACUUUUUCCCAGAAAGCGAUUUGUACAAGAUUAUUACUGCAUACUUAACCAGCGACUUUUCUCCUUUCGCAGCCCCCCCAGCAGAGGAAGCGCAAACCCCCGCACCCGUCGAGGCAGAAACCUCUGAAGAUAGCGACGAAGACGAUGGCGGCGUGCCGACCUUUGUAGUCCCGUUAACGGAAGAAGACCGGCUACUAAUGAUGACUGAUGGCAUUGCGAGUUUUGAAUCCCCCUUUGGUUAUAAAUUAGCGGGACAGUACUUUUUGCGAUCUGGAGAAUACGAGACUACCGUGGAAUUGAUGCGCAAGGCUAUUCCGUUCCUUAAUAAACAAAGGCACAAGAUUGGACUGGCAUAUGAAAAAAUGGAGGAUGACUAUUCCAUCUGCCUAGCAACUGCCCUCAUCUACUUCCAGUCUCCAAGACAUCAUCAAGAGGCCAAGAGCUUGUUUGAUAAAAUUUUGGAGCACGACAAGAGUUCAACUCCCGCCCUGAUUGGCGUCGGACUCAUAUUUGAAGAGGAAGAAGAGUAUGAAGAAGCCAUCGACUUUCUUACUCGCGCACUGGCUCGAGAUGGUUCAAAUUUUCGUGUUAAGUCUGAAGCUGCUUGGGUCAAAGCUCUUAAGGGAGAUUGGCAAACGGCUCGAGAUGAGCUGCAGGAGUGCCUGGAACCCUUGGCAAAGCAAGGUAGUACGGCUAAAGAACUGUUGGCUGAUACCCAAUACCGAAUCGGAAUGUGCAUUUGGAACAUGGAGACCGAUAAACAAGCUCGAAAGAGGAGAAAGGGCGAUUGCGCUUAUGCUUACUGGCUAAAUGCUCUAAACAACAACUUGAACCACGCUCCAACGUAUACUAGCCUGGGUAUCUUUUACAGCGACUACGCUAAAGACAAGAAGCGGGCACGGCGAUGUUUCCAAAAAGCCCUAGAGCUAUCGUCAUCAGAGGUAACGGCUGCUGAACGUUUGGCACGCUCCUUUGCGGAUGAUGGCGAUUGGGAUCGUGUGGAGUUGGUUGCUCAGCGAAUCGUCGACUCUGGCAAGGUGAAGCCCCCACCAGGGUCAAAACGUAAGGGAAUAAGCUGGCCAUUUGCGGCGCUGGGUGUUGCAGAGCUGAACAAACAAGAAUUCCACAAGUCAAUUGUCUCGUUUCAGGCAGCCCUCAGAAUCUCACCAAACGAUUACCAUUCAUGGGUCGGUCUUGGUGAAUCUUAUCACAGCUCUGGCCGUUACAUUGCAGCCACUAAAGCCAUUCUCAAUGCUAAGAAAUUAGAAGAAGACUCGAAAGAAGAUGUCUCCGGAGAUACUUGGUUUACCAAUUAUAUGCUUGCCAACAUCAAGCGUGAAUUGGGCGAGUUUGACGAAUCUAUUACACUUUAUCGAGUUGUCCUAGAGACGCAUGGUGAUGAAGAAGGAGUGGUUCUUGCGCUUAUGCAGACCAUGGUGGAUAAUGCUGUUACCAGCGUGGAUAAGGGCCUGUUUGGAAAAGCAGUUCAUCUUGCUAUAGAUGUCAUCAAGUUUGCCUCAGAGAAAAGUGGCAGCGUGUUGGAAACUUUCAAUUUUUGGAAGAGCAUCGCCGAGGCUUGCUCCAUCUUUACUUCAGUCCAUAGCCGAGUACUGGACUUUCCCCUUGAUUCUAUCAAGUCACUGUUAGGGUCGGUGCCCCAAGAGGCUUUUGACGUCCUGGCCAUUGUUGAUAGAGUUGGCACCGACAUCAUCUAUAAAGAGGUCGCGACGAAUGAUCACUUUGGUCUUGAGCUUGCCAUGUGCCUACAUGCAGCUAUUUUGAGCUACAAGCAGGCUAUCCAUGUAUCCUUAAACGAUAUCCACGCACAAGCUGUGGCUUACUACAACCUUGGAUGGGCUGAGUACCGUGCUCACACUUGCCUGCCGUCACAUCUACGGAAAAAGGCAAAUCAAUACAUCAGGGCUGCAGUUAGAGCAUUCAAACGCUCGAUUGAGCUAGAAGCCAGCAAUGCGGACUUCUGGAACGCCUUGGGGGUGGUGACAAGUGAUAUCAACGCAGAAAUAUCCCAGCACGCUUUUGUCCGGAGCUUACAUUUGAAUGAGCGUAGUCCCGUGGCGUGGACAAACCUUGGAACUUUGGCGCUGCUAUCAGGCGAUGUCAAGCUUGCCAAUGAAAAUUUCACAAGAGCUCAGUCAAACGAUCCGGAUUAUGCCCAUGCAUGGCUUGGUCAAGGAUUUGUGGCCCUGUUGUGCGGUGAAGCCAAGGAAGCCAUGGGACUUUUUACUCAUGCCAUGGAAAUUUCAGACUCUUCGUCGCUGCCUACGCGCCGUCACUAUUCAUCCUCGCUGUUUGACCAAAUAUUGACAGCUCCGCCCAACCUGAACGUGGCAUCGCUAAUUCAACCCCUAUUUGCUGUUAACCAAGUCCAAAGCUUACGUCCUGAUGAUUUGGUGUUUCUACAUCUUGGCACCCUUUUGCAAGAGCGGACGGGUGAACACUCUCGCGCGGUCAAGACCCUUGAGAAGAUAUGCGCAAAGGUGGAAGUCGACUACGAAAAGACGGAGUCUGCGGAUGAUCUCGCAAGAUUUACACUAGCUAGAAUCGAUCUUGCACGAGCAUUUCUCGCCUCUGGACUCUAUGAGCAGGCCGUUGACUGCGGUGAAAUGGCACUGCAGCUGAGUGGCGAAGAGAACGAGAACGAGUUGACGAGUGAGCAGCGCAAGAAGGCCAGGCUGUCAGCGCAUUUGACUGUUGGCCUGGCACAAUACUGCCUAAAGAAGUAUAACGAGGCAGAGAAGAGUUUCGAGUCAGCUUUGGAAGAGUCUGACAACAACCCUGAUGCGACGUGCUUACUGGCUCAAGUACUAUGGGCACAGGGCACCGAAGAUGCAAAGGAAAAGGCUCGCGGCGCUCUUUUCGAAGUCAUUGAAUCGUAUCCUAACCAUAUACAAAGCGUCCUGCUCCUCGGGGUCAUUGCACUACUAGACCAAGACGAGACAAGCUUAGAAGCCGUAGUAGAAGAGCUUCAAGGCCUUCGAACGAAUGACAAGGUCACCGCCACAGAGCAAUCGCGCAUUGGCGAAGUAUUGCAAGCGGUGGCCUCCCUCGGAGAAGGCAAGACAGUCCAAGACAUGAUUUCGCAGGUCCAGACAGACAUCAUCCUCUACCCCUAUCUCCCGCAUGGCUGGUCUUGUCUUGCUGAGGCGGCAGGCGAAGAUGGUGAUUAUGCCGCUCAGGUAUCACUAAAGGUUGCUACAAGGGGCAUUCCGCCGCGUGGUAAGCUGGAAGCGCAUGGCUUGGCAAAGGCACAUUCAUGUACGGGCAGGGUGGCAGAUGCGCAGAGAGCGGCGUUUUUGGCGCCGUGGGAGAUGUCUGGAUGGAAUGCAUUGCAAGCUGGUGUUGAGGGUAUGUGAUGGCAGUGAUGGAAAGAGCACGGAUUGUUAUGAGCAUUAUGUCGGGGCUUGUGAAGAUACAACUGUUGACAGCUAUAUAAACAUAAAGGGGAAAGGCAUUUGUACGGCACUAUGAUAUGUA